AUGGCGAAGGGUUUUCAAUGCCUUGCAGAGUACCUGGUGUUUGACCCAGCAGCGGGAGUGCAGUGCAUCCCAGUGGACAAACUGCGGAAGGACAAGUUGGCUUGCAUGCCUCCGCCUCCGCCCCCGCCCCCGCCCCCGCCCUCCUCAGCCAGGACCCGAGCCAUCCCCCACUGCGAGGGUCUAACACAGGAGAGCAGGGCACUGGCGGCUAGGCUAGCCAUUGGGGGGGAUAUAGGACAAAGUUUGUCUCGGAAGCAGAAGCCAGCCGUGACUCUACUGGUAGGCAGCUGGGUCCUCCGCGCCCUGGCUAACUCCAGAGAUCUCGGCGGAGGUCCCCGCUAUCACCUACGCGACUGUGCACGAAGCUAUGCGCACCCAUGUGACCUAGGGCGGCUCCAUGCCUCUGCCCCAAAUAAGGCUGGGCUACGCAAGGGACCCCUGCUUAGGGUCUGGGGGCCGCCUAGGCAAGUGCUUGGUGUUGAAUUUACUAACUCCUUCCGGAGUGCGCUCCGCAGAGCUGGGAGCCCUGGCCUCUCAGCCCAGCUCGUUCUAUUCCCCAGCUCCCAGGGGCCGCUGAACCGAGCCUCAGACCUUCAUCUCCCCGUCCAUCGGCGCCUCCCCGCCCCCCCACCCCCAGCACCCCGACCCGACUCGCUGCGAGUGUCCGCGCCCGCCGCGCUCCGUCUGACGGCUCCGCUCCCUCGGCUAGCUCCCUGGGCAGCCGGGAGGGAGUCUGCUGAGGCUGGGGAGCCUGAUGUGCCUGCAAAAGUGGACGAGGAGAAGGACUUUCCUCGCCGACUAGUGAACAGUCGAGUUCGAGUCCGAGUGGAAGAGAGGAAAGAGGGGUUCGGAGACUGCAGCGCCAGCCCGUCGGGGAGAGGAGACAGGUUUCCCAGCGCCGCUCCAAGGGGCUCAAGUUUCCCGGUCUGUCCGAGGGCGAGCUCUCCACAGUCUAAGGCUGGGGAGGCUGGGAAGGAGGCGGGGAGAGGGAGGAGGCUGAGACCCCUGCCCCGCUCUAGGUCCCCACCCUCUCUUCUGUUCUCCUGUACCCUGGGGAGCAGGGUUAUUUGCAUCGUCCAAGCUCCCCUGCCAGACGGGUCCCCCUCCCGCCCCCUUCCUCAUUCCUGUCCUCGUCCCCCCACGUCCCCACCUUGGACACUGCUUCGGAGAUAUGGAAGAUUCCGAUUGGGCCGUCUGGCUCCGCCGGAUGGUGUUGCCACGGUAACCGGAUGGAACGUGGAGGAGAUCGAGGUUCCGACCCGGUUCCCGGGUGGGCAGUAG